ACACGAGCCGGUUUGUCAAUAUCGGCGCGUUACGCUGCUUGCGGCAGGCACAGACGCGAAACAUCAUCGAGAGAAGCACGUGUGGAAUAUAAUCUGCCCGGAGGAACGCAAUCGAUGGCCAACGUGUAGCUACGUGCGGGCUCCGAUUCGAUGGUUUCGCGAUGAUUUCUUAUCGUUGCACGUUCGAGAUACACGCACGUUCGUAGCACGUUUUCACAAUCAGUGGCAUUGAGAAUGGCCUGGCAGCAGUAUGUAACAAUUAUAUCGUUGCUGGAUCGAAGGAAAACGUGUCCUCGAAAUGUGGAAAUUUAGUCGAACACCGGACGACAAGUUUUCUCCCAUCAGCUACUUUCUACGAUCUCGCCGACGCAAUUUAAUUUAAAAUUGUUACGGUUAACGUUAAACUUAUUUCAAGAAACGAUAGAAAGUGAAAGAUAGAGAGACAUUUGGUGAGAAACGUCGUCUCUCCAUGUGUUUAACGUAUCGUCGAUCUAGCAGUGCGGAGGAGACGAAAGAAAAUGGAAGAUUUUUAAUUUCUGUCAAACUUAUACGCGUGUGCCUAUUUUCUGAUUCGGCGUGAAAGAUUUCGCUACGAUGGAGUUGCGAGAACUAUCCUACUCUGGGUGAAUAAAAUCAGUGGAAGAAAUUUCGUUGUUCGCUACGUGGAAACGGAAGAUCAAAUUUCAGUGGAAAAAUCGAUUUGGAGAGUACUUGAAGAGAUUUGCGAAGCUGGAGAACCAACGAGAACCAACCUCCUCGUCCACGUGAAAAACUCCGUUCUACGUCUCUGACAAGCCUGCAAAGUCUCCAGCGACACUGGUUGCGAGCAAGAAGCACGAGUAGAGUAGAAAGAAAGGAGGAUUCGGGUGUAGAAGUGCGCGUGUCCAGGGGCGGCGUCGCCACUCGCGUCGGUUGCGACGGGGCGCAGCGGCGACGCCGGGACGCGGUAGUCGCGACGCGGACGCGACCCAGUGCUCGUGUUCACCGGCGACGUGCUGCGCGGAGGAUCGGUGCCGGGGAAGAUGAGCCUGGAGCGCCGGGAAGCGAAUUAUGAUACACGUGUCGUCGGAGAACACUCAACGAUACGAUCGUGUGAAGCGCAAGGGCGCAGUGUUUUUGUCCAACAUUUUUAAAUCGAAAAAGCUGACGUUAGGUAUGAAGAUCAACGAGGACGAAGAGAUGGAACGUGCCCCGAAAGUCGAGACACCUGCGAUCAUAACGAACGCCUGCAGGCGCAGCGGCAGCGAAAACGACAACCAGGUAUCGAGGAUUCCGUCGACCUUGAGCGUGGCAGCCGUCGAUGUGGUCGUUGCCUGUCAGCCGUCACCGUCGCAUUCCAUUCUAACCUUGACACCUGGUAGAACACGAAACAUCGAUCAGGAUAUGGAGGCGCUUAGGCUAAGUCGACAGGAUAAUCCUUUCCUACAGGUAUUGGCGAGUCGCGAGAGUCUGGUCGAGUCUUUGGAAGAGUCCGAGUCCGAUGAUGCCAUUCUGAUGUCUCAGGAACUGGGCGACACCGAUCCAUUAACCUUAGCCCAAGUGCACGAGCACCUGGUACGAAGUCCACCGCCCGCAUCGUGGCCUCACACCACGACUUUCCAUUUUCCUCAUCAAAAUCAGAGUUCGUCGGGGAAGAACGACGUGCUGGCUCAUUACAAAAGCCCGUCGAAGGCGACUUCGUGCCGUGGCAACGAUCACGAGCUGUCCAGAAGCGAACCAUCCACGGAUAUCAGAGAUCGCCACUCACACACAUUUUCGUUGUUGCACCCAACGCCGAUUCGUUCAUUGUCGGACGUUCGACGGCUUCACAGAUCAGCGGACGACAGUGUGCAAUUGAUGUCGAGCGAAUAAAACGCUAAUGCAUUCCGGUCCGCGACCGGAUCGAGAUGACUUCUCGCAUUCAGAACACGAACCGUGCUUUGUCGGUGCUAAAACGUCUGCUGAAAGUUCCCGGAUUGUUUCGGAGGAGCGUGUCCACAAGGAAAGGGCACUCGGAAGCUCCUUGACGAGUUCACGCAUGAUCGAGGUUCGACGAAACGAUUCUCGAGUCGCGAGUCUCGAGAUGUCAACGAUUCUUCGAUUCUGUUGAAAGAAUCGUAUCGAAGUUGACUCACAGGUUCGUUUGAUAACGGAAGCGAAAGUUUCAAGUUUAACGUCAGUUUGGUGCGGAAAGAAUUUCGAACGUUCUGUACUUCGUGAUCUGUGUUUACGGAGAAUGUACCAAUUGAUAAAGAUUUGUAGGUUGUCUCGUUAUGUCACAGGUUAGGUAUGCUCUGUUUCGGAUGAAUUGAAAAGUGUCCCUAUUACGCAAUCGAAACAUCACGGUGAGAAUCGAAAUCACACACACACACAGAGAGAGAGAGAAAGAGAAAGAAAAUAUUAUUGAAAUUCUUUUAUUCGUUUUGAUAUGUUGAAUAAGACCAGAGCUCAAAGUAAAAUGUAUGUGACAAACGCACGCGCGCAUUUGAUAAGUUAUCAAUGCAGCAUAAUUUUAAAUCCUUGCACGCAAUGUGCUCGUAUUUAACGACAAAAGAUUUAGCUACAUGAUCUAAUGUCAAAGAAAGCGAUAUCUAUUUUCGUUCUACGUAAAAGUUUAAAAUCUAAAUCUAAUUUUAGACUCUGAAAGAUAUUCUCCAAGAUAAAAAUUAUGUAAAAAUAUUUAUUCGAAUUAUCAAUUCCUCGACGACCCUAACGUAUCGCUUUUUUCUGCAAGUUUGCUCGCAUAUUCCAAGAAAUUAGAUGAGUUCGACUCAUUGCUGUGAAGUGAAAUUUGAUUACACUCGCUCACUGAUGUAGGCGGAAUUAAGCUAUUACUUAUUAAAGUAGUACAAAGUAGUGUUAUUACUAAAAAUCAGGGAAUUUAGAUGCUGCCAAAAUUUAGAGAUAUUUUUAUCCAAUAUGCAAAAUUAUACAUGUUUUUAAGUAUCAAUUUGUAAGACGAUAUAUUUAUAUUUAUAAAUUACGAGAAAAAGCUUCUAAAUUUGUACACUGUCGUUUUCCCCAAAUAAUUUAUUUUUAGCGUUAUAAUGUAUUUGCAAGUCGAUGAGUGAGUGUAAUUCAGAAAAUUUUUCUGGAAACCGGUCUUUGUUUCAAUUAUAAAUUAGUCUGAUAUAUUUACCGACUGAGCCUAGCGUAUUUGAACUAGCGCGCAAUUCAAUAAUCAAUCAUAACGUAACGACAUAAAUAGAGAGGCCUAUGUUUGAUCAAAGACAAUUAUCUUUAUUAUCAUUCGAAUUGAGAAAUUGUAACGAUGUUUCUGAUUUCUUCCGUGCGCGUGUUUCAAACCAAUUCGUACUUACAUAUUAAUACGUAUGCUUGUUUGUAAUUAGUUUCAAUCACGCAGCCAUGAGAAACAGGAAUAAAGUGGCGUUUUAAUUGUUGCAAUAAAUGCAAUACAGGUCACAAUUAGUUAAUUUAAAUGGUAGUAUAAAAUAUUAUGCUUGUAUCUUCUGUCAACAAUAUUAUUUAUUUUUCACUUAAAAAUUUUACAAAAAAAAAUAGCAGUGAGAUAUCAGCAUUUACUGUGGAUAAACGUAUAAUAUUUACAAUAUCAUAUAUAAUUUAAGAAGACGUUGAUUGUUCGAAUUUUUUGUAAUCAAAUUUGCAAAUAGCAUAUUUCUAUUUAAAAUAUUAUUUCGCAUGAUCAUCAAAGAAUCAUCAAAGAUUUUUAAUUCAAAAGAUUCAUUAGAUUUAAAAGAUUCAUUAAGAAAGAUCAAUAUAUUGUUAUUAUGUAUCAUGAAUAACUUCUUUUAUGAUUGCUUUAAUUGCAUCGAGACGAGUUAUCGAGCUUACAUUGUUGAUGUUAUUGUUAAUUAGUCUAUAUUUAUUCUGCACAAAUUAUUUUUUAUCAAUAGGACAUAUACAUAUUUUCGACGUUAUCAUAGGAUAAAAAAGAUAGCAUGUAAACCAUGCUUCUUUUAGCAUAUAUUUAUUAACAUAUAACAUGAAAAAGGUUUGCAGGUAAAAAGUUAUUUGUAGCGCUGACGAUGCGCCAAAAGUAUAGGCCUGAUCAUGAAUAAUAAACUAACACGUAAUCAUAGCUUAAGAAUCUUUUUUUACGUAAAUAAAAAUGGAAGAAAUGUUGUCGAUAUUUCAAAUGAUUAAUGUGUAUCGUCUGAAGAUGAUACACUUUUAAAGUCGAAAAUAUUUUUUUAACGUUGCGAUAUCAUUUCACAUAAGCACAAUACUGACAAGUAGUAGAUAUAUAUGUACUUGUUAAAACUACUUUCGGCUUUCAACGCACAUAACCUGUACCUUUUUCACAUAUUGUUUUAAAGUUAUAACAACAGUUUAAGAAUUUCGACGAACAAUCCUAUUUUAUACAGUACACGAACAGUCUCAUAUUGAAGAUAAAAUAUGUUUCGCUCGAAUACUGGCGUAAAUCAAUUGUUUUAAAAAAUUGCAACUACGAUUACAGAUAGCCAGUAAACAAAUAAUCCUGCUACGUCUUUUGGGUCGUUUUCCACUUGAUCAAUUGUAUAUAAAAGAAAGGAAUAUCUUAAGUUUGAAGGAAGGGUGAAAAAAUUGUUGUUCUUUGUUUAUUGAAACAAGAACAAAAUUGGAAUAUAAUUCAAAGACUAUAGUAGAGUUAAAAGAUUAAGAUCAUAGUGAAUACAAUUUUAGCAGGGUUUAUACAAAACUUUCAGAACAGUAGCAUAUAAGCAAAAGGAAAGGAUCUAGAAAAUUAUUGCGAUUAUUAUUGUAACUAUAGUGUCCAAUUGACUUGGCCAUUGAGAAUUGAGAUUAUUUCUAUUAAUAUAUGCGAUAUUAGAUACACUAUACACGUGUAUUAGAGGCUCCAGACAAUUUCGUUUUCGUCCGGAUGUCAAACAGGUAAAAAUAUGAAAAACGAAAAAAAAAAAGAAACAGUAGAGAGACUUAUAUAAUAUAAUCUAGUCGAAUAUAACAUAUAUACCGAGGACUGUGCUGUCACUUUUAAGCGAAUAUUAAAUGAAUACUUGUUCGGGUAAUUAUUCGAGCGUUGAAUAAUCAAUGAUGGCGAGGUUAGGGCGCAAAUAUUAUUACUAAGUGAACUGAGGUUACUUUUAUCGGAAAGCGAUGUUGAAUGUUACAAUAGACCCUCGAUUUGACGGAUUUUUUAUUCGAAUUUAACUUGCAACUUUAUGAUCUUUUUAAUAUUUUCUAUAUUAAUUUAAAAUUUCUUCAAUUGUUAAAUAUUUAAUAACCGUUGCUCUAAUUAAUCCUUAAAAUCAAGGGUUUACUGUAUUUAUAUAAUGAAGCUUCACACACGGUUGCUUUGUUUUAUUUUUUAAUUUAAGAAGCACUGUUCGCAAAAAUGUUACAAAUUGUACUAUCGCAUCUUACAAUUAGUUCAAAACUAAGACAUGGAUUUAAUAAGACGAAUUGAAAAUAAAUUUCAAAUUACGCAAAAGAUAUUAAAUAUACGUUACUUGUUGAUAAAAAAA